AUGACACCCGGUGAUACACCAUUCAUGUCGAGUUCUGCCAUCAGCCACGAUCUGGUGCUCAACGCUGGCUCUGGUAGUUUGAGCGCGCUGGCUCUGCCUGGCGGCUUUUGCUCUUCAGUCCACUCUGUUGCCUGGGCGUUCCCGCAGAGCCAUACAGAGAACGCGGAGGCACUGGCUGGCAUUUUCAUGCCCUAUGGGCAGAACUGCGACUACUUCAACCCACUGCCCGUGAUGAGCACAUCCUCAAACUCUGACACGGGGUCGCCUCGGGUACUUUCCCCUCGACCACAUCCAUCGGAUCAACACCUCGCUCAGUAUUCGCAGCCAGAUGAUACUGCAACCAGCCCGCGAGCGAAGCGUAAACCGAUGUCAACCUCUACGCAGGAGAACACGUCCAGGAAUUCCAGAUCCAAACGUGCACGCCACGACGCACAAUCAACAAAUCAACCAAAAGAGCCCGAGAAUCGUAUCACAGAGCCUUUAUCGACGUCUCCUGCACCUCCACUCGAUUUAAAGUGCCCCCAUUGCGAGGUCACGUACCGAGAGCAAUCCGCCUUUGCCAAACACAUGGACACACACAUACGGCCGUUCAUCUGCGUCUUCCACUACGCUGGGUGCACCAGGACAUUUGCAAAGAAAAAUGAGUGGAAACGCCACGUGCUGAAGCAGCACAUUUGUCUCGAGUACUACCACUGCGACUACAUGCAAUGCGCCGCCGCCACACAAUCUUCAUCCAAUUGUCGCGCCAAAGCCCUUCCUGCUCACGGUCGAAUUUUCCGACGCAAAGAUCUACACAUGCAGCACGUCCGUCGGAUGCACUUGUCAGGGGACAGCAACGACCGCCAGGCUCAGGCCGAGAUGGAGGGUCUGCAGCAACGAGCUGUGCGUACGCGCUGCCAACUCCCUCGGUGGAUGGUCUGUCCAGCCGAGAACUGCCAUCACGUCUUUUGCGGCGAUAAGGCCUGGGACGAGAGGAUGGAGCAUGCCGCCCGACAUCUCUGGGCGGCCAAGGAGGGGUUGGAGCCCGAAGUCAGGUUUGGUGGUUCCCACGACGCCUGUCUUAGCGAAUGGGCCGAGAGACCGGACGUUGACGUCGUCAGGAGAGUACCGGGGGGCUGGGCAUUGAACAAUCCUCUGCAGGACUGCGAUGAGGCGGCCCGCUAUAGUCCCAGCUCGAGCAGCGGCGAGGAGGAUGCCGAGGGAGAGCCGGCCUAG